AUGGCUUUCGCGGUCAAGGCUGCAUCGACCUCCCAGUGGACUUUGUCCCCGGCGGUUCAUCAGCCGUCAUCGCUCACGACGCGGGCGGCGGCGUCGGUCGCGAAGAUGCCGGCGGGGCGGAGGAAUGCUGCGGCGGCGGUCAUCAGGGCGGUUGCCGCCUUGGCUCCGCCGCCUGCCCCGGCGCCUCCCAGGCCAGCGGGCAAGCGGUGCCUACCGUUGUCGCAGACCAUGUCCAGGCUCAAGGCGCGGGGCAAGACAGCGUUCAUCCCGUACAUCACCGCCGGUGACCCCGACCUAGCGACGACGGCGGAGGCGCUGCGGUUCUUGGACGCCUGCGGUGCUGACGUCAUCGAGCUCGGCCUGCCCUUCUCCGACCCCGACGCCGACGGGCCCGUCAUCCAGGCACAUCGGGCGCGCUCAAGCUUUGCCUGA